AUGGUGUUCGGUAUUCCAGUAUACUUUCACUUCAGUGCUAAUACAAAUUACUAUGCGAACUACAGAGUCUCAUUGUGUCUUCGCACGAGAGAGGUACGACUUGCGAUCAUCCCUGGGGCAUGGGUGACUGUAAAUGCGGGGGCAAGUCUUGAUCUGUUACUGGUGGACAGUGGUGUGACAGUACAGGCAAAACUACUGGAAACCUACCUUAUCCCUGAGGUUGCUGUUCGUGUCGACAAAUGGCCGUUGCGUGCAUGUUUGGAAAUGAAGCUGCAAAUGACUCCUUUGGCUAUUCGUGUCUACUUGUGGUAUCGGUUCAGACUUUCUAUAAAAAUCAGAGUGGAGAAAUGGUUUAAAAUUCACAUCUCAAUCAGUUGGGGUUCAAAGAACACGUUCGCUGAAUGGAGUUGGUCGUCACCGUCUAUCCAUGCAACCGUACUCAGUACUUGCGAACGAGAUACAGACAACACCCCCCCUGGAGUAGGACAAUGUACCGCAAAGCAGGUCGGGAAUAAGAAGUAUUUCGUCCAGUGGCGUGGCUUCACGGAGGACACAAAGAUUCAAAAUUAUGUCGUCAUAAUCGGCUCGAUCAGAGGGUCUGGUGAUGACCAUUAUUCCAUCCACAGAGAAAGACAGAGCUUGCUAGUUUCAGACCUCGACAUCAUGCAUGGUCGUUCUGUUUACGCGGCCGUAUAUGCAUAUAAUGGUUUUGGAUUAAAAAGCUCGGUUGCUGAUUGCCCGAUGUUUACUGCAAGGCGACGGUCUCCCGUUCUUACGUUCGUUCACGAUGGCGAAACGUCGGGUGACAUCGACUACCAAUCGGAUACGAGCAGUCUUGCUGUGGAGUAUGGUUUUGAGGGGACUUUUGGGGAUCUUUCGAGCGUUAAAUGGGGGAUAUCAAGUUCGCCAAAAUGUACCUUGUCCGAAAGCGAGGCUGAUGUUCUAAGUUUGCGAGCAGUCGGGGAGAGCUACACUAUUAAGAAGACUGGGUUAGAAUUAGAGAAUGGUAGGAAAUAUUAUGUCCGGGUCCAACUUGUCAACCUCGUGGGAUUGGCUACCGUUGCUUGCAGUGAUGGCGUUACCAUAGAUACCACGCCACCUGUGCCACGUGACUUCACGGUCGGGAAAGAUGGUACGGGAUUCGUACCCUCGGUGAGACGAAUCUCCGCGAAGUUUCAACAAUUUCUAGACAUUGAAAGUCCCAUGGUGCGCUAUGAGUGGAAACUUAUCGAUGAAAAUACCGGUAGUGACGUCAUACCUUUUAAGACAAUACCGCUGACCCAAAAGUCACCACUGCUCGACGGAUUAAGUUUGACCUCUGAAAAAAAGUACACCGCUGUGCUGAAAGGUACUAAUGCCGCAGGUCUGUACGCUACGGUAAAUGUGUCGGGUAUUAUUCCUGAUGAUACAAUCCCAUCAUGCAAUGGACCACCACGUGACGUCAUAAACUUCGAUGAUGUAAUAGAUAAAGAUUUUGUGCGGCAAUUUAAUAACCUCACCUAUAUGUUCUCGUGUCAUGAUGAUGAAAGUGGUAUCCAGUCCAUUCGCGCAGCAGUGGGCACUUACCCGGGCGGGGAAAACAUCCACCCGUUUGUCAACAUUGGUGAACUGCUAACUAGAAUAUCUGAUGACUCCAAAACCACGUGGGUAGCAUUUGAUGACGUAAAUGUGACGUCAUUGAUUCAGUAUUACGUCACAAUCAAAGUUCGAAAUAAUGCAGGUUUUGUUAAGACGAUUUCCUCAGAUGGGAUACUUUCUGAUACAACGGGACCCACAGUGUUACCAAGCUACAUCAGAGAUGGACCGCAUGGAAUAGACAAUAAAUUUAGUUCAGGUUAUGAUAUUUAUCCAGCUCACUGGGAGAACGCAUUUGCAGACGCUGAAAGUGGAAUUGGAGAAUACUUUGUAGGUCUGGGUACGAGUCCUGGAUCAGAUGACACAUCAGGUUUCAAAAGCAACGGUUUGAGCACGCGAGCGUUGGUCAGCAGUUUUGCAUUGAGAAGUGGUGUAACAUACUAUGUAACAGUGAUAGCCUGUAACCGAGUGCGCAUGUGUGUGAAUGGUAGCAGCAACGGCGCUAUGGUGGAUUUCAUGCCACCACAUCCGGGCUCCGUUAUUGCCGGUCAUGUGGGACCACCACUAGAAGUCACGUGGAUCAACAAAGCUGCAUGGGCCCGCUGGCGGUGGUGCCCAGCAGACAGAGCCAAACAACAAUUUACCGCCGACACAUGUGACCUAUUGAGUUUCUACGACAAACAUUCAGGAAUAAAACAUUUUGGGUUAUCUGUGCUCUCGUACGAUACAGCCGAGCAGUUGAUCCCAGUCAAGACCGUGGGCCGCGUUGUAGUCAGCGGUCUACAUGUAGUUAUGCCUAAUGGUGUUUUCUCUGUAGUUGUCGAAGCUGAAGAUCGCGCCGGAGUCCGUUCGAAUGCAAUAUCAGAAUCGUUCAUAAUUGAUGCCAACCCACCUCGGGUAGUCAAGCUUCACCAUGGUAACGAAGGCCAGCCAAUCAGAUACAGGAGUAACCAAGAUCACAUGUUCUCUGCAUACUUCGAGAUGACCGAAGAUGUGUCGGACAUUGUUCAGUACAGCCUCGGCGUGUCGUCGUAUCCCGAAGGCGAUGAUGUCAUACCGUUCGCAAGCCACCAGCCUAAUAUUGUAUCUAAUGUUAUUCGUGUAAAUUGGACAUCGACCACAGCAACUUCUUUAGUAAAUGGAUGGAAAUACUACAUAACAGUGAAAGGCACUAACUCUGCUGGUCUUUUUAUAGUAGCCACGUCACUGCCGUUGGUGUUUGACGACGAAGCACCAUUAGUCACGCACGUAUUGGACGGUUGGGGCACGCAAGAUGCUCAAUACCACUCAUUUCGUAGUAUCUACCGAAUGCAUUGGCGAGGCGUUACGGACGUUUCCGGGAUUGACGAAAUUAAAGUAUGUCUUAGCUCUUCUCAAAAUCCGAAUAUUUGUGACAUCCGUCCUUUGGUGAAAAUAUCGAAUACCUUAACUUCAUAUUCGUUUACCAAUAUUAACCUACAAUCAGGAACUUACUGCUACGCUUUACUGCAGCUCAGUGAUAAAGCUGGUAACCUUGGAAACCAUUGGACCAAUGGCGUGUUAGUUGAUACCAGUCCGCCGACGAGAGGGAGAGUUACGGAUGGUCUGGGGAAGAGGGAUACGGUUUUCCAACGAGAAAAUAACAUACUGUACGCAAGUUGGAAUGAAUUUUUUGAAAAUGAAACAUCGAUUCAUCACUAUGAACUUGCAUUCGGGACAUCGCAAAAUAGUUCAGAUGUUCAACCUUUUACUGAUGUUGGUCUAGUCACUUCAUCUGCAAGUUCGAACUUGCUCGUUUCAGAGCUUAAAAACGGCGUGACCUAUUUCGCUCGAGUUAUUGCGUUUAAUAUAUUGGGAGUUCCAGGCAAGAUUGCCGCGUCCGAUGGUGUUUUAAUUGAUUCAACGCCACCAACAUAUUCGGCUCCAGUUUCCGACGGAGUUUACCUUCAUCUUGACCUUGAUUAUACCAGUCAUGUGACUUCGCUAUCUGUAAGCUGGAAAUGCGAAGAUGCUGAUAGUGGGCUAGCUCAGGCAUUUGUCGGGUUCGGGACUCAGCCUGGCAUUCUGGAUGUUGCGGGUUAUCAGGUUGUGUUGCCUUACCAAACUAUGUAUACAUUAGCAAAUCUCACUCUGUCCCAGGGCUACAGAUAUUUUGCCACGGUCAAAUGCGUCAACCGAGUCGGUUUGCAAAACUCGUUGUCCAGCGAUGGCGUCACUAUUGAUGCUACGCCACCGCUGCUAGGUUACAUCAACGAUGGUGAGAGUGCUUAUCAAGAUGCUGACUAUAUUGGUCUUGGCUCUCACGUGACAGUUAACUGGAAAUUCACUGACGCGGAAAGUCAUGUGACCGGGUACCAAAUUUCCAUUUACCAUAGGCCGAAUGGCGUCCGGGUCAUUGGACCAUCGGAAGCACCCGGGAAUAGGAGAUCCACGAAAAUUGCAUUACGAGGAGACGAACUGAAAAACGGUCACAAGUAUGAAUUUUCGGUGACGGCUCGAAAUCGAGCUGGACUUAAUAUAACUGGAGUGAGCAAUGGUUUUGUAGUGGACGGCUCAGCCCCAACGUGUUCAAAUGUAUAUGAUGCUACUUUAGGUGGGAGUAAGACUAAUUUUGUCGGUCAAAUAAGAAAGCUAGUGGUUCAUUUCGACUGCAUUGACAAUGAGACAGGGAUUGAUGCAUAUCAGUUUGCUAUAAAAGACAUUGAUACAUCUCGUUUAAUUCUUCCAUUCCACAAAAUGAAAGGGUUUUCAAUUCUUUCCUCUCUUGUGAUUGUUAACGGGGCUGGAAAACGAAUUGUAGAACUUCAAAAUGGCGGUCGUUAUCAAGUUGGGCUCCGAGCUACGAACAAUGUGAACCUUACGAAAGAAUACUGGACUCCAGGAGUUACAGUCGAUACCACUCCUCCCGUAUUUAGCAAAGUUGUAGCCUCGUUUCAAGUCCAAAGUGAAACGAUCAAAAUUGUCUGGAAACUUGUUGAUAAUGAAAGCGGGAUAGAAACUGUAUCAUGGUCGCUCAAUACUUCACCAGAUGUCGAAAAUCCGGAAAACUUUACAGAAAUUUUACGAAAUUCUACAGAGCUCUUCAUUUCUGGGAUUUCAUUCAAACUUGGCCAGACUUACUAUGUCUAUUUCAAGGCAAUUAACAAAGCUGAACGGUCGGCGUUCUUUGUGUCGGACGGUGUCGUGAUUGAUCGUACUUCACCAUCGCCUGGUCGGGUGUCGGCCGGUUUCGUAGUGCCGGCAAAUUACGAUGGUAAUCCAAAUGUAACCACGGGUGCUUCGUUUACUGUGAAAUGGAGCGGGUUUGUAGACCAGGAAAGUGAAGUAAGGGUGUAUAAAUGGGCAACUGGACGGUCUGUUGAGCAGAUGAAACUCCUGGCCAAUGCGUUUUACAGAGCAAUCCAAUUUACAGGUUAAUGUUAUUAUUGAUUAUUUUAUAUUUUUUAUCAUCAUUGUUAGCUCGGUCUAUUCCCCGCACGGACAAUCUGCUUGAGAAAUCGUCUGUCUUUGUGUAGAGGUCGAUGGGGUUUUCCUAAUCUUCAAUGGGAAAAUUGGAUUAGGAGCACUGAGAAUUAAAUUCGCACCAGCAAUUCUGCUGGUGGGAAAAUAGGAUUUAUGCUGGUGGGAAAAUAGGAUUUAAGUCCCCUCCCCCAUUCACAACCAUUUAUCCAAACAAACAAACUAGCUGGAAUAGUGCAAACAAUUUUGCCAAUAGUUCCGGGAUCAAAUUUUCCUGGUAGUUUGUUUAAUGUUGUAUUUAUAAAUUAACAACGUAAACAAAUCAUCAGGUUCAGUUAAUUGUUCCGACCAGUACUUCAAAGUUCAAACACAAACCUCGUUAGUUUAUUGUAGAAUACUUGUAUCCAUUGUUUUCCACCGUUGAAAUCGUAAUGUUUAAAGUAUGACUUUACUACAGGUACUCUUAAUGGAUAUGUUAUAAGAGGUCAAACCAUCCACACCAACACGACGUACUUUGUGUGUAUACGAGUCAUAAACGGCGCAGGACUAUCCACGACAAGCUGCUCAAAUGAAAUACUUGUUAAGUUAGGAAAGAUGACUGCUGGCGUGGUGUAUGACGGACCGUUGGCGCAAGAUAUUGACUUCCAACUUGAUGACAAAGCAGUAUGGCUUCAUUGGACUGGCUUUAAAGACCCUAUAAACGGCAUAGAGCUUUACGCUUGGUGUUACGGACUGGUGACGAGUGAAACAGCGGACCAGCUAAAUUGCACGACAUCGCUAGCUCAUGUAGAUCCACCUCUCAAAACGUCCGCACAUCAAUUCCAUAAUGUCUCAUUACUUCAUGGACAGCGGUACAGCAUCAAAGUGCAGGCGUCGAAUCCAAAGAACCAAUCAGUAUCGGCCGUAUCUGAUGGCUUCACCGUCGAUCGUACGGCACCUUCUGCCGGGGUUAUUAAAGUCGGUGGGUCGCAUGGUACCCGGGUUAUUUAUCUAUCUGAUGUCACGCCCCCAAUGGUAUCAUGGGCUACGCAUGAAAGUGAGAGUGCUAUAAAAGAGUGUAGCUUCGGUAUCGGCAGUUCCCCAAAGGCUGACGACUUACACUCGUUCACAAAAGUCGAUGGAAACCAAAAUUCUGUAGAUCUUGCUGACAUCAACUUUAAUUUCACUCAUGGAAUGGCAUUUUACGUAACGGUUGUAGGGGUGAAUGUUUUGGGACUGGAGACGAGUAUGACGUCACCACAGGUGAUCGUUGAUUGGUCGCCGCCGACACCAAGCGUAGUUCGAGAUGGGAAUGGCACGAGUGAUGUAGAUUCUCAAGCUCAUGUUGAUCACGUGUCAGUCACGUGGAGUGAGUUUCUUGAUCCAGAGAGCGGUGUAGUGGAGUACUUGAACUGUAUUGGCACUAGACCAGGUAUAGUACAUUUCAUUAUUUAAGGGGGCGGUAAUUUUGCAUUGUCGAUUGGUGGCGUUGACCUACCCAUGAACAAGAGCGUCCAGCUCAGUCUUUCGAAGAAAUUCACGUCUGUUAUAGUUCGAUUCAUUUGUCCCUCAAGAUCCGCCUAUUAAUAAUAGUAUAAUUAACUUGUGAUUAUAAACUGAUUAAUAAUUAGAAACACACAUGUACCACUGGCUUGGGGCACUAAAACUCCAAGAUUCAAACAGACAAUAAUUAGGAAAUACUUUUACAGAUUCCUGCGAUGUUAGCAACCAGACCUCAGUCAACCUGGACCUUCACGCAACCAGACAAGUCAAGCUAGAACAAGGCCAGAUUUACUUUGUCACAGUGACCGCCAUUAAUGGAGCUGGCUUGUCAACAACAUCCUCAUCUAACGGUCUGAUCAUCGACACCACCCCUCCCAUUAUCGAUGGCUUCUCACCGACCUCAGUUGUUGCCGUUGAAAUGAAUAUCACAAAUGUCGACAUCAACGCUACCACAUCUGACCCUGACGUCAUUAACUCUGACAUUACCAGUAAUCACGUCAUCAUUUCUGACGUCAUCGGUAUUUUAACCAAUCCAUACAAGAUUUCCGCAACGUGGAAUACGGUGUCUGAUUUAGAAAGCGAGAUUAAGAGUGUUACUGCUUGUGUUUCCACGAAUAAAGACGAAUGCAAUUUGACUCCCUGGACAGUAAUCAAUCCUUCUUCUUCAAGUUUAAGUUUAGAUUUCCCAAACCCACUUCAAACUGGAAUGGUGUUUAUGCUUAAACUGAGAGUUGAAAACGGGCCAGGGUUGGUUGCUAUUGAUUAUUCUGGUAGCAUUAUGGUAGAUAACACGCCGCCUUUGAAAGGGGCCGUUAAAGUCGGUAACAAGAAAACAUUAGUUUUCAUACAAGAAGAGCAGGCACUCAGUGUUUCAUGGUCGGACUUUGUAGACUCCGAAAGCAACAUGAAGAUGUACAAGUGGAAAAUUUGUUCAGCAAAUCAAUCUUCAGAAUGUGUGUCAGAGUUCGUGGAUGCAGGUCUAAAGACAAGUCUUGUUCUCAGCGAUAUCGGAAUUGAGCAAGGUAUGGAGUACAAUGUAGUCAUCAAAGCAAUGAACUUUGCAGAACUGGAGACUACUGCCGUUUCAAACCCGUUUAUUCUUGAUAAAACACCCCCUCAAUCUGGAAUGGUAUUUGAUGGAGAUGAGUAUUUGAAGGAUCAAGCUUACCAAAGUUCGUCCUCUGAAAUUUCUGUUAGUUGGAAAGGUUUUCAAGACAAUGAAAGCGGGAUAACACGUUACGAAGUUUGUGUUGGCUCAAACGCUGGUCUCUGUGAUGUUAAUACGUUCAUGAACUAUGGCCUGGCUACUAAUGCAAUCAUCAAUAAUCUUAAUCUUACUCAUAAUGAGACAUACUUUUCAACUGUUCGUGCUGUCAAUGGAGCCGGUCAAACUAGUUUUGCUACUUCAAAUGGGAUAUUUAUAGACAUGACGUCACCAGAGGGUGGUAGUGUUAGCGAUGGGGAUGAUACUGACAUUGAUGUGACUGUGUAUGAUUCUUUUGUUAGCGCCAACUGGGACGAAUUCCACGACCCAGAGUCUGGAGUUUUGAAAUAUGUCAUGUGUGCAGGGACCGCUAAAGGGUCAUGUGAUGUACUACCGCUGACUACAGUGAACAGUAGGCUUGCAGUAAAGUUUCAGGUGAAACCAGCUAAAAGUUCUGGGACAGUUGUGUAUUCGACGUUGAGAGUGUAUAAUAAAGCUGGUGGGGUGACAGAGGUUUAUUCUGACGGAGUUUUAGUUGACAGCACACCGCCUGAUCUUGACAAUGGCAAGGUAAGACAGCAUUGACUUUUAAAUUCUAAACUAACUUUAUAUGAAAAUAUUUGUGCUCUGUCAGAGGCCGCAGCAGCACCUCGAAGUGAGGGGAGGGGAGGGGGGGCACUUACCAGAAACGGCACUUGAGUCAGCAAACAUUUUAAAUAUGUUAGAUGUGUCCUUAGAAGGCCUGUAUGGAAUAAGACCUUUUUGUGCGCCAGACAUGUGCGCCAAAUACUAGUAAAUAUAUUGCUGUACAGCUGGUUGUGACAGCACUUUUCCAUACUGGUAAUAGAAAGUCUAAAGCUUUAGACGUAUGCAAUAUACAGCCUUGGAUAUUAUACGUGUUCUGAGGCUCCACUGAUGUUCUCGAAGGCCAAAUAAAAAAAAAAUACUUGGUUACGUCACCGCCCACCUAUCAAGUUUUGCCGCCUCUGAAUAUUUUUGAAACCACUUUAGUGGUUGGUUAGUGGUUAGGGUAGGGGUUAGGAUUGCUCAGGUAUAUACCUAGCAUGGGUACUGCUUUAGUGGUUGGUUAGUGGUUAGGGUUAGGGUUGGGGGUUAGGAUAGAGGUUAGGGUUAGGAUUGCUCAGGUAUAUACCUAGCAUGGGUACUACCCGCAUUCUAAAAUUUAGAGUAUUGGUUAAGUACCCAUUUAGAAGUAGCGAAACGGCCUAAUAGCUCUGCGUCCUAAACCGAACAUGAAUACAUUAACCACAAAUUUAAAGAGAUAAUAGUAGUUAACUUUAAUCACGUAGUUUAGCGUUAACUGCACUUUAUAAAAGGUAGUUUAAUAUUAAGUUAACUAUGCCCAAGCUAAGGUAUCGUAAGCUAAGGUAUCGUCAAAAUGCAGUUAAAAAUGCCGCUUUAGUUUAGGAGAACAACAUUUUCAGUAAGACAAUAAUGAAAAGCAACGCUUACCUGCAUGGAUUUUCAAUCGCUAUCUUCCGUGUGCCGGAAUGUUUCCUGACAGUUGCGAACUCUUCAAACGCUUUAGUUUUUGUGUCGCUUUUGUUUCAUGGCGAAAACAAAAUAUAUUUUUGCACCGGAAGAUUUCUCAAAGACGAAGUAGGACCCAUACAUAGUUUAAUACACGAAGAAACAUGAUAUAUAAUUGCAAAACAGCUACACUUCGAUUUAUGAAAGUAGAUAUCUCACGAAAAAGCUUUUUGCUUGCGGUUUUCCCGUUGACUUUUUACUAUUUUGCUUAAUUUUCCCGCCUAUGUGCAAAAUGCGAGUCCACAAUCAUGUUAAAAUAGCUUGUUAGCGGUCGUUAAUGACUCCUUACUUUAUGUAUUUUUUUGUUUUAACGCUAACUACGUUUUGUGCAACGCAAUGGACCAUUUGCAUUAUAGACUAAAUUUUGAUCUAGACAAGUCUAGACAAAAAUUUCAUAACAGCUUGAAAGAGCAUCACAAAAUUAGUAAGAUUCCAAAGUUUCAUUGCGAAAUGUUGUAAAAUGCGGAUAAUAUAGCCUUGCGAAAUUUGCAAUUUUGAGUCAUUUUGUAUUACGCACGGGAAAUUGACAGCCCAAUCGGGUGUUGGGGCAUCAAUUUCCCGUUUGUAAUACAAAAUGACUGAAAAUUGCAAAUUUCGCAAGGCUAUAUUAUCCGCAUUUUACAACAUUUCGCAACGAAACUUUGGAAUAUUACUAAUUUUGUGAUGCUCUUUCAAGCUGUGAUGAAAUUUUUGUCUAGACCAAAAUUUAGUCUAUAAUGCAAAUGGUCCAUUAAGUCGUUAGUUAACUACAGGCACAGAUUAAAAGGUCCUCUUAAUCUGUGCUACUGGUAAGGAUUUAACCACGUACUGGGCCACCAAACCUCUACUGGUAUUACUGACUCAUUUUUCUACAGAUUUUCAGAUGUUUCAGUAAGGCCUAGCUAAACUCAUCUCAAAGCUAUAAUUUGUCUUUAGGUUGACAUCACAAUAAUCACAUCACCAAGACCAAGUACAGCGUUAGGUGACGCAAUAUAUCUGACAAGCAGGAACAUUUGUGCUUCAUGGAACACAUUCACUGACAGCGAGACUCGAAUCAUCGACUAUCAUUUCUCAUUGUGUUUGGAACACGAUAAACAUAACUGUCCUAUCUCAUCUCGCGACCUCAACAAUAGAACAUUCAUAUGUAUCGAAGAACCACCUAUUACAGAAGGCGAGAGUUAUAUCAUAAGAAUUACUGCAACAAACCAAGUUGAUCUCAGCUCAACAGCAGAUUCGGCAAAGUUUAUCUUCGAUACGACCGAGCCGGAUGUUGGGGAGGUAAUUGCAUCGAAUCCUUUGGGAGAUGAAUACCAUUUCGUCUCGUCAGCGAUUCUUGCACGCUGGUACAAUUUCAUUGACCCCGAAACUGGGGUAUCUGGUUAUUCAUUAUGUAUCGGGACAGAGCCUGCGUUGUGUGAUGUAACGGAUUUGGUUUCUGUUGGAAAUGCGUCAAGCUACACUUGGUAUAAUCUGAGUUUGGUCCACGACGAGGAAUAUUUUGUGUCUAUAAAGUGUGGCAACAAUGCUGGUUUAUCUACGAAUUUUACAGCCUCCCAACCAAUUUCUGUGGAUACGACAGGUAUGAUAUAAUUUCGCUAUAUAGAGUGUACUGAUGUUAGGGUUUAGUGGUAAAGACCCCUACGGUGAUUAGUGAUCACUGAUGUGCGUUUCUAUCAGGUCUAAACUAAAAAUAAAAAUAUGUUGUCUUAUUGUUGAUAAACGAUGAACAUCGAGUUGGAAACCAACAUUAUUGAAAACAAAAUAAUGAUACGUUUUUCACGGGCAUAUAACAUGCUUGGUUUUUCUUACAGUUCCACCGUUGAGUAAAGUUCUUGAUGGUUUUGAAGACGCAAAAGACAUUGAUUUCCAACGAAGUCAUACGCACGUGUCUGCCACAUGGUUUAACGUUGAAGAUCCUGAGAGUGACGUCAUUUCCCUUGCGUGGUGUGUUGGCUCCAGGCCUCAAUCAUGUGACUUCAAACCCAGUACCUCAUUGGAUGUUACCGCGAGUAAAAUCUCAGCAUACCUUAAUCAGCCAAUCAAAAACGGAGAUAGAUAUUACAUCACACUCAAAGCAACCAAUGGUGCAGGUAUGACCAGUAUUAUGGUGUCUGAUGGUGUUACAGUUGAUUACACACCACCAAGUGCUGGGAUGGUUAUUGAUGGUCAAGAUGGUGAUAUUGAUUACCUCAAGGAUGGUGAUACAGUUUAUGCUCGAUGGUCAGAAUUUGAAGAUGGUGAAAGUGGUAUAAAAUCUUACCAGUUUGCAUUAUGUGAGAAAGAAAAUAUAACCGCUUGUCCAACGGCGUUUUCAGACACUGGGUUGCAGACGAAUAUAAGCUUGUCAGGUUGGUUUAAUUUGCUUGUUCUUGGUUCAAAUAUUUAUGGAAAAAAGGUAGCCAAGCCAUUUAGAUCAUAUAUUUGAGUGAAUUGGGUUGGAUACUUCACAUGCCUAGUUACCACCGCUCUGAUAAUGUAAGCAUAAAAUGGAACAAAGCGCUAGCUGGUGGCCAACAUGCAGAUGGUAUCAGAUUGAUAAGGUAAAUCCUAAUUAUUUUCAUUAACCUUUUCUUUAGGCACGGAGUUACAAAGUGGUGUAGAGUAUGUGAUAAUAGUUCGUGCUACCAAUCUGGUUGGUUUGAAUCAGCAGGCGACUUCAGAUGGAUUUACAGUGGACGCAACGGCACCAGUCUCAGGGCGUGUCGUAAUCGUCAGUCCAUCACCAAGCAAUUUUGAUAUCCAUCAAAUUACAGUUAGGUAUGUGAGAAACUAAAGAACUUAUCUAAGCUAACUUUGUUUAUGUUGUAUUAUAGUUGUUUAUAUUUAUAUUGUAUAGCUAUAUUAGUUAAAUUGUUCUCCCUAGAGGACUAGUAAGGGCAAUAUUUUAUUUGUCCAGUAGUAUUAUUACUGAAGAAAACUGGAUAGCCCUGUCUGUUCUAAACUGAUCUUCCUAGAUGUGCAUUUCUUUUUUAAUAAUAAUAAUAAUAAUAAUAAUUUAUUACCUGAUAGCGUGCCUGUUACAUGGGAAGAUGCUCACAGGCGCAUUACAAAGGAAAACCAAUCACAUGGUUUGCAUUUUAAAAUUAUGAGAAUAUUUACAUCAAUUUGGAAACACUAAUUAAGUAUAAUAAAUAUAAAAUCACAAAUAAGAUCUGAUCCAUUGUUACUAUGAAAGAAAACCUUAAUUAAACUAACGUUUUUUAUACUUGUUUGAGUUGAGUCAUGAAAAACUUUUUUUCAGAUGGGAGAAUUUCAUGGACCCAGAAUCAGUUAUAUCCGAAUAUGAAAUAUGCCUUGGGACAAGCCAGGGGGAAUGUGAUGAGAUUGACUUCCGCGCCAUUGGACUGAACACUACUUACAAUUUCACUGAGCUCAAAUUACGUCAUCAGGAAACAUAUUACGUGACAGUAAAAGCGACUAGCAACGCGGGACUGUCCACGCAAGUGACUUCAGAUGAAAUAAAGAUUGAUGUCACUCCGCCACAACCAGUAAAAGGGAUGAGUGGAAUUUCAUUGGAUUUGGAGGAGAUUUGUAGUGGGGUCUCUGGCGGAUCUUGUAAUACGACAACAUCAGGUAAAACUAAAAUAAUUGUAUUUAAACUGGAUAGCAGUUCAGUUCUAAACUGUUCUUCCUAGGGGUCCAGUAAGGGUCAAUUUCAGGUUCGGGAUUAUGACAAAUGCAGUUCUGUCUUGACUAGUUUCUUUAGAAGUUCACCUCACUUACCUGAAGAAAACCAGUUGUUGUGUAUGGUAUUUGAUCAUGAGUAAGUUGUAACUAUGGUGAAAUUUGAAUCAGACAACUGGAUAACUUGACCACAUGUUUCUGUAUCAGUCAGGGUGCUCGGUCAAAAAUUUUAUAGUUGUUGUGUUGUUUUGUUUCAGAAAUGAAAAGUGACGUUCCUAUAGAAAUUUCCUGCAGUAGUGGCUUGGUCAAAGUUUCGUGGUUGAAACAUGAAGACAAAGAAUCAGGGAUAACCAAAAUUGAGUGGUGUAUUGAAAGUGUUGACAAUAUGUGUAAUAUACAGCCUUGGAAAACCGUACCAACAAACCAACAAACAAAAUCUGCUAUUAUUCAUUCUCUUUCGACUUUAACAAGUAUCCAAGCUGCGGUUCGUAUUUCAAACGGCGUAGGAAACACUGCAUUGCUUAAAUCAACCUUGUGCAACCCAGUAAAAACUUUCCCGCCUAAACUCAAUGUGGCCGAAGUAAAAAAUUUGAAUAAGGCACUCACGGAUAUAGACUACCAGGCCGACACUGAAGCGGUUAUAGUCACGUGGUCGUCGCAUAGCAACCUGUCGUCAUCCUCUAGUGUCCAGGCUGCGCUAACCGAGCCGAAAGAAAACCUAAAUGAAACCGAGUCUUUGUUUCAAAAAUGGCGAGGAGAACCGUUUGCUUUUGAGUUCGUGGACAUCCCACGUGGAAAGACGCACAUACGGUUUAGCGGUGAUAUGAUAAAGCCAUACAUGAAGUAUCGACCCGUCGUUAGACGCUGUAACAAGGUUGGACUUUGUAGAGAUUCAGUUGGAAACGGAGUAGUGAUUGUGCCAGACGCACCCCCUGAUAUACAGGUAAUAAUCAUCACCACCAUCAUCAUCAUCAUCAUCGACUAGCAUUAUCAUUUAAUAUUAUCACGACUUUUCAAUCAUAUAUUCAAAUUGCUUCUUUGGAAUUCCAGUAUCGGCUUCCUCGAUUUCGAUUGAUGUAAGCCCUCCCAGGUCUUUCUCUCCUCCUUUACCAUGUAACAGUUUCUCGCUGAUUACGUCAGCAGAAACAAUGUAAGAGCUACUGGAUAUUGACCAAUCACGAACUGAAAUAAAGUUUGAAUGUAUAGUUUCUUGUUCCUCAUUGUUCUUCUAUUGUGUGCCUUCCAGCGUAAUCAGUAAUCCAGUUCAUGUACGCAGAAAAGUGUUUGAAAGACAAUGGUGUAUCUAAAAUAAUUUAGCAUCUUAAUUUUAUAAAAUCUGCGUAUAAUCUAAAUGUGAUGUUAUCUUUAUUCCCAGGUAAACGCAACGGAUACAUUUGUUGGUACAGAACAACAGCGCUGGCGAGAAUACGUAGGACUGCCACCUUUAUCCAGAAGUAUGGUUGAGGAGACAUAUUUCAUUCCAGAUCCUUUCAGUUUAGUCGUCAGAGCAAAACCCCAGCACCUCCAAACAAAUGAAUUAGCUAAGCAUCAUAUCGAAAUCACCUACCAAGCUAGUGUGUAUAGAGUCACAUCAGGCGCGAAUGAAACACGAAAUGACACUAUCGAUGUAAAACAUAUUUUUGACUAUUCUCGUAUAAGCAGCGACUCCAAUGUGUGUUGUGAAAAGAGGAAUACCGGACCACGCACAAUUUAUCCUGAUAAACAGAUUAAGCCAGUUCAAAAAACUUAUGCAUUCGGUGUGUCUGUAAGUGUUUUGAAAGAUGACUUAAUAGUUGCAUCCUCUCAGGAUACUGCAUACGUAUUUUCGACAAGGUCGUAUAAAAACACGCCUAUAACAUUAGUAACUUUUAAUUCGACGACGAUGAAUAACAGUUUUGUUAAGGUUAAAGGAAUGAAUGAUACCGUUUUGGUAUCGGGUGAGGAAAAAUUGCUGUUAUAUAAAAUAGAUGCAGAAAAUCUGGCCCAAACCACUCAGAUUUUGGCCAUUACCAAUUGUAAUCACACGAGUGCGGAAGCCGUCAAACACUGUACGAACAAAGACCUGUGGUCUUCUUCGGAAAGCGUCGGAGAAGAGUUUGCGUACGAUGGUGUUGAAAUGAUCGCCGUCAGCGGUAAGCAUCCAGAAGAGGGUUACGGUGUUGUUGCUAUUUUUAGAAAUGAUUCUAAUAGGUGGAAGUUGCACCAAGUUUUGGGAACCGAAGAAAAAGACCAAUCGUUUGGCAAGGUUAUAACCAUAAAUAAGAAUUUCUUGAUUGUAGUUGGUUCUGAUAUCCAUACCUAUUCGAGAGCAUCAGAAAAUUAUUGGCAAAAUAACACAGCACUUUCUGAGAUAUUGUCCAAUAACAGUUCACACGAAAGCAAUGUGUAUCUGACCAAGAAAGAUGAACUAUUUGUUCUAUCUGUUCCGGACCGAACUCUGACAGUUUUCGACUUACAACCACCAGCUAAUGCGAUAGAGCGAUGCCGGCAUGUUUUUUCAGUAUUUCUUGUGUUAAGUGGUAAUCUUGGUGUGCUGGAAGGUAGUACAACCGUUGCUGCUAUUGGAAUUAUGUUCGAUGGUCGAGAUGGGAGUGAAUUGGUGCUUUAUGAACCCGACGAUGGUUGUUCGCAAGUUGGUAGAGUGCUAACAAGAAAAUGUCCACGGUUUGAUGAUGGUCGAAUAGGAGCAACAGUGUCUAUGGAUGACCGACACCUUGUUAUUGGGACGCCUGGUCUGCACACGUGGCCGACCGAUUAUGUAGAUUCGGGCACCGGCCGCGUAUAUCUGACCUCAUUUUGCCCACGGAAUUUCGUUCGUAGAAAGGUGUUUGAGUUUGGACAGAGAGAACGCGUGGCGUGUGUUCCGUGUGGAGUGGGGGAAGAGGCAUACCCCGGGUUCGAAGAGCAAUGCGUAAAUUGUAGCCGGACUAUUUGUGUGGAAAGUUCGAAUGUUUUUUAUUUCAGUGUCUCACAUUGUGAUAAAUAUCCGUGUGGGGUGAACGACAACCGAACGAUAAUGCAGAAUGCUUACAACCUUACAGUCACCGAAUCUGCGCCAAGCUUUGGAGAAGAUGAAUUCUACCUACCAGGUUCGGAGCAGAGUUAUUUCAUUAGGAUCACCCAGAAGUCAGCUUCGGGACUCACGACAAUCUCCGAGAGCUUUCCGUUCUCUCUCGAUAACACCUCGCCCGAGCCGGGAUUAGUCUACGACGGCUUAGGUAGCGACGAAAAUCGAAACUGCUCGGCGAAUACGACCCUCAGUUCUGAACAUCAAUGUUCGAGUCGUAGCCUUUCCGACACCGAUAUAGACUUCACUAACAAUACUGCAUCCAUAAGUGCUCGCUGGAUCGAUUUCCGUGACAAUGAAAGCGAUAUUGAACAUAUAUUCUGGUGUAUUGGGUCCAGGCCACUUCGAGAUGACAUCAUGGGGUGUGAGAAUGCAACGAGCCACCUUAAUAGGACUCUGACUGGACUGUCGUUACAGCAUAAUGAUACUUACUAUGUGACAGUGUUGGCGUGUAAUUAUGCUGGGUUAUGUACAGCGAGGUCCAGUGAUGGUGUUUCGAUCGAUACGACACCACCUGUAAUACACUAUGUCAAAGAUGGCCUGAUUGGACCUGAUAUUGAUUUCCAGGUUAUAGUUUUCUUCUGUAUAUUUUAUUGUUUAAGUGUCAACUUCUAUUUUGAAGUCGUUUAUAGGUCUUUUAUAAUUUUUUUGUGUUCUUUCCAUGAAACACGGAGUACUGUUCUGAGCAUUCGUGUGUAUUUUAAAGGUUUAAAAUUCAUCUUCUGCCGUCUUUUAGGUAUUCACGAAUAUCAUAUUCGGCAACUGGGCAGCAGAUGAUCCCGAGAGCGGAGUAGUCUCGUACGAGAUUGGAUGGGGCUCGUCUCCAGGCCUUGACGACGUCUGGGAAUUUCAAGAGAUCGGCAACGCUAAAGCGUAUUACGCGAAGUUCAAACACGGAGACUUGGCGAAAGGUCGUAAAUACUACGUCACCGUAAAGGCCAUCAAUGCCGCGGGGCUUGAAUCGGAACCAAUGACAUCGAAUGGCAUCGUCGUCGGAAAGACGGAGUUUGUGUUCUCGAAAAACGACUCGGGGUCGUUCUUCUUCGAUACAGUGAAUGUGAAUUCGAAUGAAACUAAAGAAAAGGAUUCUGGUAUUGGGAAUACGUUUGGGACUUUGGAUGUUCCUGUCGGAGCUGUCGAAGAUGAGGUGAAGUUUCAGGUUUAUAGCCUUAGUGAGAAAGAGAUGGAAAAUGGCACUGAUGAUAAUACAACAGUCGUUGAUCCUGAAAUUGUUAAACCACCCAAGGUAGGGAGAAAAUGAAUAUAACGGCUUCUCCUUGAUAAGUAAAAUCCUCAAGCGUGCCUGUGCCCUUAAAAAGUACUGUGCCCUGAAUAAACCAGAGGAUUUUACUUAGGAGUAUUUUACUAUAAGGAGUAUUUCGACGUUUCGAGCGAAGGCCCUUUGUUGAAGUGGUAUUGUUGUUAUAAACUCUCCGGACAAAGGGCCUUCGCUCGAAACGUCGAAAUACUCCUUAUAUAUUUUCACUAGGUAGUUGCAUCCCUACCAAAGAAAGCUUGUUAAAUACGUGUCCUUGUUACUUUUGACAGAGAUUCUAUUCUUGCAAUAUGCAGUUCUAUAUUUAUACAAUCCUGGCUAAAAACCUUGGCUUACCGUGAAGCAAAAAUCACAAAUUUGGUUUUGCAGACCUGUAAAAUGACCCUACUAACUUUUCCUUAAUUGCCCCUACUUCGCUGUUGAAUUUGUUGCAUUACCUUAACUGCAGCUAACAUUGUAUGGGGAACACAUUGUUAUAUAAGUGAAAAUGGUCAAAAAAGAAUAAAUAAGGUUUAAUAGAUAAUUUAGUUUAGAUUUGAAACUCAUCUCCACAUGGUAUCCAACGUUAUAGUGAGCUAAUUUUAUUACCGCGUUCAUUUCUUUUAUUCCUCAUUUGUUCUUUUUCAGCAUUUCAAAUUGGGCAGUUAUAGUUUUCAAAUCAAAGCUUACGAACCAGAAAACAACACGUUACAGUCUGAAUAUCAUUUCAUGAAACCCAUAACUAUCUCAUUGUUCUAUGAUGUGGAUCAAAUGUUGAAGAAAAACAAGAAAACGGUCAAUAACGAGGUGACGAAGGAAGAUAUUGAUCCUGUGCUUUUACUCUGGGAUACUAAAAAUCAAACAUGGUAAGGAUAUGUAGGAAAGCCUUCUGGGCCUCGUUCCGAUGCACCCAGAAACAUUAAUGUUGUUGAUAUUUUCACAGGUUUGAUGCGGCCAAAACCUGCCCAGAGCCAUGGACUUUCGUUGACCACGCCGCAAAACUCCUCAAAUUGCAUGUGUGUCACUUGACACAGUUUGCGCUGUUCUGGUCGUUUGAAGCAGAAAAUGGAAUUGUAGAAUUCAACAAAGGAACUAAUGGUAGGUUGAGAACAUCAUACUUGUAGAAUAUAUUUUUGUGAAGGUAUAAGGAAUAUUGGGAUGGAGCAAGGCACGAGGGCCUGGGGACCAUCGAGUCGACUAAAACUAGUGGCCAUACGAAUGGCCUUAGAACGAAAUCCCAGCUGGUCUACGACUUCCGGCCCGAUAGUCUUUAUGGAAAAUUAGGCUCAAAUACUAUUUUAAACAAUGGAAGGUCUUGAUAUUCUUAUGUUAUGUAAUACCAUUUAGUUGAAAACAAAGGAUUUCUUUGUCUUCUAAUUUUCCACUGCAUGCUUGAUGAGGGAAAUUUAGAAGACAAAAGCGUACCUCAUUACCUCUGAUUGGAGAGCUGUACCUCAUCGAAAUCAUCGGCACAACAGACAUCACUUUGCCAGCUUUUAUUCCCUAAUCUUGAACAUUACAAUUGUGGGGGAAAAUUCCGUUUAUGCGCAUGCCUAAAACGAACAAACACGGAGAUGUGUUUCUGCGCGUGCGUAUAUAUGAAAAGUGUUCGUACCACAAUCAUAAGACAAUCAAACAGCAUUCAAAACAGGCAACACACCACGCGCGAUUCCCUCGGCCUCUAUUAUAUUACAAAGUAAUAGCAUGGCAUUACGGUCGAUUAGUGAUGAAAUCUCCCUCAAGCCUCGAGAGGUUUAGUAAAAGUCCCUCGGCGCUACGCGCCUCCGGACUUUUACUAAACCUCUCUCGGCUUUCGGGUACGUUUAAUCACUAAUCGCCCUGAAUGCCAUGCUAUUACUUAUAAUUAUGUUAUACUUACAAUGUUUUAGGUUCAUUGACUCGUCCGCCUCCACACGCCAUAUUAGAAGAAGACAACAGUGUCAUCUACAAUCCUGAGCGAUAUGGCAACAAAAUGAUUCUUGAUAUAGUCAGACGCAAGGGCUCUUCUGGAACCAUUAAUGUCACAUGGGUUGCCACCAGCCAAUCAAAUGCCGAGAUUCCAUUUACUGUUUCUCCGGUGUUUAGUGAGCUGACGUUUAUCGAAAGUCAAUGGAAUUCAUACAUUCAUUUGAAAUUCGGCGCCAUACCUUCCAACAUGAGCGAGGCUGUGCUGAAUGUGAAAUUUUUGAAUAUGACUGGUGGUGCAAAGUUGGGGAACGUAACCAGUUUGAAAAUAGUCUUUCCAGCUAAAGUUGAAAAGAAAGAACUCAAAGAAGAUCAAGAUAGUAAUGUCAUUUUGGAGACUGUUGUACCAUCUGUAGCUGGUGUAUUGAUGAUCUUGGGUGUAGUUGUGGCGUGUAUUAUUUUCCGCAAACGUCGAAGGUAAGACUGUGAUGGUGGUGAUGAUGGGGUUGAAGAUGUUGGUAGCUGUGUGGGUGAUGGUAAUGUUGGUGGAAAUGAUGAUAGUGGCGAUGAUGAUAAUGGUGAUGAUGGUGGUGGUGAUAAUGGUGGUGGUGAUGGUGUUGAUGACCGUGGUGUGAUGGCGGUGAUCAUGGCGAUGUUAGCGAUAAUGACGAUAGUGGUAAUGAUAACAGUAACGAUGGUGGAUAUGAUUAGGAGGUGAUGGUGAUAAUAGUGGCGGUCGUGAUGAUGGUGUUAAUUAUGUUGGUGUGGUGGUGGUGACGGUGAUUAUGGUGGUGGUGAUAAUGGUCGUUGUGGUGGUGGUGAUUGUUGAUUAUGGUGGUGGUGGUGAUUGUUGAUUAUGGUGGUGAUGAUGGUGCAGAUGACGAUUCAAUACAUAAUGAUAUGAAUAGUAAAGAUCAGUGUCUUUCCUUAUAGUUAUACACUUGAACAGUCGUCUUUAAGGGAUGUAGGCAACGUUAUCUCUGGACAAGUGUAAGUACUAUAUCUUUUAAAACCCAAUUAAACCUAGGUAAAUCGAAAAUGUUGUAGCAGGCAUAUAGAGCUGUGUGUUCUACUCGGAAUAAAGGACUUUUUACCUGUGUGGACAGCGUUUAAUAAUACGGUUCUAUGAUGAAAUUCAUUCGUAGUUGCAUGUGAUACGAGUGCUUUCACUCCGACAGACCAUUAAAAACCGCAUGCUUUCUCUCUGUACCCCGGUUGUAACAAUGAAACGAUUGAACUGGGUUAUUCAGACUGUCCAGUCUGUACUGUAGAGUCUAGAUAUUUUCUCAGGUAAUUGCACUACAAAUCUAAUUGUUGUUUCCUGGUUUCACAACAGACCAGAACCGUUGGAGCAAAUUGCUGAAACAUCGUUUAUUCGAGACCUAGGACAUGUUAACCCCGGGCAAGACACAGACCACCAUACUGAUGAAGAAUUAUGA